UAUAUGUAAGGUUAAUAAAUCACCCUUAUGUGGUAGGAUGUGAUAAGAUAGAGUUUUGUUGUUUUAAUAAAUCACGGUUAUUGAUUAGUAAAUUUUGCAUUUACGCCACAUUUGCAGACGACUUGGAACGGAUGAUAUCUUCUCUUUUUUUUUUUUGGUACUCGCUAUGUCAUUAUAGUACUAUAUUCCGUUUUGUGCUCGACUUAGCUUGACGAAUAUGAUAUCGUCUCUUUUUUUUUAUUUAGUUAAGAGUAGGUGAAGUAGGACAUCGAAAAUCAAACUCAGAAUCUAUAAUACCUCUUAGCACCAGCUUUUUAGAGUUCCCCUAGCCCUCCACAAUGUCGACCAGAUUGCUACUUAUUUUUUGGGAUUUUUUUUUCGGAAUCUUCUCGUCCCCUCCCCCUAAGUUAGAGGAGAGUGUUCCUUCUUUUGUGACAUGGAUGUAAUUUAACUCUAUUAUCUUUUCGUUAGUGCUUUCCUUCCAAAAAAUGUCAAAAGCCAGAAAGAAGGUUUAUAAAAGUUGAAGCAGGUAACAAUACAUUUAUACAAUCGUUAUUUAGCUGACUUCUAAACCAUCAACUUUAUCAUACCAUUAACCAAACAGUUGAACUUGAAUUCUAACUGCAACCCGUCAAAAAAGAAUUUGCAGUAGGUGUUAAUAUCUGGAUUUCACAUUACUUUUUCAACAGAAUACCAGAAAUUUUCUUCAGAAGCUUCAUAAAGAAGGUAGCAUGCAAAUCAUGAUAAUAUUAUCUUUGUCUAGAACAUUUGAACAAAUCUUCAAACUGCUUAAAUCAUCUGCAUCAUUUUUCAUCAGUUAUUGAUUAUUCAAAGUAAACAUAAGAUAAAGGGAGAAAGUAUAAGUCGAGGUCGGAGUAGGAAUAGCUAGAAAAAAGCUCCUACGAUGCUUAUAGUGGCAAUUUUCUUAACCUACCAGGGUGAAAAAAAUAAAAUAAAACAAAAUAAAAGUUUAAAAAAAAAAAAAAAAGCAGUCUGUAUUUAGCUCAAGCUGCUCUAUAAAUACAAGCUGCAAAUUUUAGGAACAGACCAACUAAAUUGAGCUUAAUAUCCUCGUAUUUACAGGAAAACCGAUGGGUAGCUCUAGUAUCGUAGCGUCUGUGGCUCUACUUUUAGUAUUGCUCCCGAUUACUGCUUAUGGAGAUUUUGGUAAUGGUCUCUGCUUACUGUCGACUGUCGACAGGAGUUUUAACCUGACUCAUUUCUCAACUCAACAUAACCGAAAAGAAAUUUUCUUUCGUGCUUUCUGAUGUUUCUUGUAGUGACAGAAAAUUGCAGUCAGAUAAGUUGCGGAAAAGGAACGUGUAAAUCAAAACCAGAGUACAUACCACAUGGUUACGAAUGUGAGUGUGAUUCUGGUUCGAGAAGAACCCGUUAACUGACGAUGAGGAACAAUAUCUGCAAUUUCUGCCAUGUAUAAUUCCAAAUUGUUCUAUCAACUACUCCUGCAUGCCCGCUCCUCCUCCCCUGCCUCCGAUCCCAACAAACCCAAAUGACGUUUCUAUCUUAAAUCCUUGCUAUUGGGUCUACUGUGGCCAAGGGACAUGCAGAAACUCGUCAGACUACAAGCAUACGUGUGAAUGUCAACCAGGCGCCUAUAAUCUCUUUAACAUAUCACACUUCCCAUGUUACAGUGACUGUGCUGUCGGUUCUGAUUGCUCCAAGCUAGGAAUUAACGUUUCUAAGGCAUCAAUAAGUCCGGGUUCAAGUACAGCCCCAAUCGAAAGCUCCAGGCAGUCUUCAGGAAGUGAAAACCAUGGUUCGUCAUGGAAGUUCAACUGGAUAGUUAUCACAAUGAUGUCUCUGGCGGUAUGUUUGUGACAAUGAAGCUGCUCAUUUACCACCAUAGUUCUACUGAGUUUCGAGGACGCUUCUAGUUAUGAGACAACAGGCUUAUAGUUCGUACAGUCUAUGAGAGGCUUAUUGGCUAUUACUAUCAUUGUUACUAUAGCAUACGAAUUAGAAUUCUAUUAUAUUGAUUGGUAUUGUUUUGUCAUCUUGUGAGUGUUAAUUCAUUUUAAA